AGGUUUGUCAGGAAAUACCCCCAAACAGCCACACCCUCACCCACGUUCAAUCCACACCACACCACACCCUCUUUUCUCUUUUGCUCAUUCCCUUCCCACUCUCGCUUCUCUCACCCAACCCUAGCCCCAAUUAUUCCCUAUCAUAGGGUUUCAAUCGCUCUGCCCUAUCGUCGAUUCUCCACAACCGAUCUUCGAUUUGCUUCGCUAUUCUUCAGAAUCGUUUCAGAUUUUUUGCUGCUUUUACAAGGAGGAGGAGUUUUUCGCGACUCUCGUUUGAAGCUUCCGUCGCUGCCGAUCGGAGAGGUUCGCGCCGAAUCCGAACGCGCUGUCGCUUCGUGGUUCGUUGGCUUGAGUCUUCACCGAAGGAACAAAUACUCUUGUUCCUUUUCUUCGAUUCGAUUGCGUUAUUCUGCCCUAACUGUUGCUGCUGCUUCUGUGGAUUUGUGAUUUCAAAGGGCUUUGCUUCUGCGAAUUUGGAUUCGGCUGAUUUUCAUCCACGAUCGUACGAUGACGAUCUUGUUACUCUGAUUUUGAUUCUCUGGACGGAAUCUGAAGUCUCUGGAUUCUGAGUGCGCUCGGGUUUGUGAGACGAAGACGAAGAUUUUGACCGUUUUCUCGUGAAGAGUUCUAGAAGUGCUCUCAUCGUCGUGGCGGUUCGAUUUGUUCGAUCUUAACCUUAGUAAUCUGCAAGUUGUGGAAAAAAGAGAAAAGAGAAAAAAAAAUGAGCUUGGAUAUAUUGUACUGUUUGAUUUGUUUUUAGAUUAAUAACAGGGCCGUUUCUAAAUUUCAGAGGCCCUUUGAUUUAUCGUCCUUUGUUAUUGCUUUGAAGUUAAUCUUUUUGAUUGAUAGAAAGAGAAAUAUACCAUGGCGGUGUAUUAUAAAUUUAAGAGUGCAAGAGAUUAUGAUUCAAUUCCCAUGGACGGUCCUUUCAUCUCUGUUGGUACAUUGAAAGAAAAAAUUUUUGAAUCCAAGCAUUUGGGGAGGGGUACUGAUUUCGACCUCGUGGUCACCAACGCCCAGACCAAUGAAGAAUAUCAUGAUGAAGAAAUGUUGAUUCCUAAAAAUACUUCAGUGUUAAUUCGUCGGGUUCCAGGACGGCCACGUUUACCAAUUGUUACUGAACUAGAACAAAAGGUGGAGAAUAAGGUGGUGGAAACUGAACCUGAAAACAGCAGCUUGCCAGCUGAAGAUACAUCUGCCAUGAAACUUCCUGAAGAUCUGGAUUGGGAUGAAUUUGGCAAUGAUUUGUAUUCAAUUCCUGAUCAAAUUCCUGUUCAAUCGAGCAACAUAAUUCCAGAGGCUCCUCCAACUACUAACAAAGCUGAUGAAGAGAGUAAGAUAAAGGCCCUGAUUGAUACUCCGGCCUUGGAUUGGCAACGUCAAGGUUCAGACUUUGGCACUGGUAGAGGUUUUGGGCGGGGUAUGGGUGGACGGAUGGGGGGUGGACGUGGUUUUGGGUUGGAACGGAAAACACCUCCACAAGGCUAUGUAUGUCACAGAUGCAAGGUGCCUGGACAUUUUAUUCAGCACUGCCCCACAAAUGGUGACCCAAAUUAUGACAUCAAAAGAGUCAAGCAACCUACUGGUAUUCCUAGAUCCAUGCUGAUGGUAAACCCACAAGGUUCCUACGCUUUACCAAAUGGUUCGGUAGCUGUCCUGAAGCCAAAUGAGGCUGCUUUUGAGAAAGAAAUUGAAGGGUUGCCAUCAACACGUUCUGUUGGGGACCUACCACCUGAGCUCCGUUGUCCCUUGUGCAAUGAUGUCAUGAAAGAUGCUGUAUUGACAAGCAAGUGCUGUUUCAAAAGCUUCUGUGACAAAUGUAUAAGGGACUAUAUUAUCUCCAAGUCAAUGUGUGUAUGUGGUGCAACAAAUAUUCUUGCAGACGAUCUCUUACCAAAUAAGACACUUAGAGAUACCAUCAAUCGUAUAUUAGAGUCAGGCAAUAGCAGUGCUGAAAAUGCUGGGAGCACUUUCCAAGUUCAAGAUAUGGAGUCGGCUCGAUGUCCACAGUCUAAGAUUCCAUCCCCAACAUCAUCUGCUGCAUCUAAGGGAGAACUAAAGAUUUCACCUGUUAAUGAAGGAACAACUAAUAUACAGGAAACUGCUGACAAUAGAAAGGCUGUUUCUGCUCCACAGCAGACAUCUGAGCCAGUAAGGAACCCCAGAGCUGCUGAUGUAUCUGAAGCUACUCAUGAAUCAAUCAGUGUAAAGGAACCAAUCUCACAAGGGAGUGGUCAGUUGGUUGAGGAAGAAGUGCAACAAAAGGUGGUUCCUGCUGAGGCAGGAAAGAAAAAGAAAAAAAAAAAAGUCCGAUUGCCCCCAAAUGAUUUGCAGUGGAAAACCCCAUAUGACUUUGGGGCUGAGAACUAUAUGAUGCCAAUGGGCCCUCCUCCUGGCUAUAAUUCGUACUGGAAUGGCAUGCAACCUUGUAUGGAUGGAUUUAUGGCACCAUAUGCUGGUCCAAUGCAAAUGAUGGGUUAUGGUCUAGGCCCCUUGGACAUGCCAUUUGCAGGUGGUAUGCCUCAAGACCCAUUUAGCAUGCAAGGUUACAUGAUGCCUGUUGUUCCACCUCAUAGGGAUCUUGCUGAGUUCAAUAUGGGAAUGAAUGUUCCUCCUCCUGUUAUGAGUAGAGAGGAGUUUGAAGCACGGAAAGCUGAUCUGAGGAGGAAGCGUGAAAAUGAGAGACGGGGUGAAAGGGACUUCUCCAAAGAUCGAGAGUUUGGUAGGGAAGUGAGCAGUGUUGGGGAUGUUUCUUCAAUGAAAUCAAAAACUUCAAUUCCACCGUCUUCGGGUAGCGAUUACCAUCACCACCGUCACCGUUCAGAACGGCUGUCACCAGAUCGGUCUCCACGCGAGGUGGAACCUCCGCGUCCGGUGAAGAGAAAGUCCGACCACCAUUCUGAUCGCGAACGCGAAGAAAAGGAUCGCGAGUACGAGCACGAACGGCACCACCAUCCCCGCCAUCACCGUUCGGAAUCCUCAUCCAGAAGGUCAUCGGAACCGGUGACCAAAACUUCAUCGAACGCAGCAGCAGUAGCGGCGGCAAUAGCUGCUGAUCGGAAGCAGAAGGCCAGCGUGUUCUCCCGCAUAAGCUUCCCGGCUGAGGAGGAAGUCCCUAAUAAGAAGAGAAAGGUCAGCACUUCUUCCACGACGGAACCAGUGACUACCACUGCCAGUGCCUCUUCGGCCCACCUCAAGACAGGGCCGAACGGGUAUUACGAAGUGAGGAAGAGCAACGCCGCUGCCGAUUACGAAUCUAGCGACGAUGAGCGGCAUUUCAAGCGAAGGCCGUCAAGGUAUGAGCCGUCUCCUCCGCCGCCGGCUGCCGAUUGGGAGGAUGAAGGAAGGCAUUCGAGAGGAUCGAGGGAGCGCAAGCAUAGGUGAUAUUUUGUAUCAACAUUUUCAUUGCUCCUCUCUUCCAACGCCUGAAAUAAACUUCUUGUUGGAUGCAAUUUCAAUGUAACUUGUGACUCACUUCUAUCAGUUUUCAAUAAUUUUCUCAUGUAAAAUUAUCACUUUUUAUUCAAAUCCAAUGAAUCUGUU